AAAUUUCAUUUCUAUUUCAUCGACAUACCGGUGGAGAUCGCAGCAAACCAUCUGCAUUGAGCUUUUCUAGUUUUCUAGUCAGGAAGCUAGCUAGCCAUCGAAGGCAACCACAACAUACAUAUAGCUCGCGCCUCGCAGCUCGUAAUCCGUAAUCAUCAUCAUCAUCAGCAUCACCACCAACCUAAUACAUCGGUAGGAAAUGGAAGGACGCAUCAAAGAAAAUCCGUACAUUCUGUUAGAAGCUUCACUGAUGAAGGAGUUGGAUAGAUUGUCCCCCAUGACCGAUUCGCGCUGUAUCCACCGGGUUCCUCCUCGACUACGGCUUGUACGUGAAAAGGCCUAUGCACCACGGAUAGUCUCAAUAGGCCCACUUCAUCAUGAAGAAAAAGCCUUGAAAACCAUGGAAGAACACAAAAUGAGGUACCUACAAUAUUUUUUGGGUCGAACAAAUUUAAGUCUAAUGCAUUAUAUAGAAAAGAUAAAGAAUCAAGAAGCAGAAUUACGUAGUUGUUACUCAGAGACCAUUGAGCUUCAAAGUGAUGAAUUCAUAAAAAUCAUUCUAGUGGAUGCCAUCUUCGUCAUUGAGUACUUAUUUAGAUACUGGUACCCUGAAAUUCUACAUGAAAAUGACUGCAUGUUUGGAGAACCUAAGAUGUCGAGUGUUGUAUGGCUCGACUUGCUGAUGCUUGAAAAUCAGCUGCCAUUCUUCAUUCUUGAGGACCUAUUCGAUCCGGACAUAUUUCCGGUCUCAUCUGAGUACUCUAACAGAAUUGACGGUGUAGAGAGGAUUUCAAUAAUGUUUCUUUUUCAUAAAUUUUUGGCUGAACGUGGAAUAUAUAUAGGGGGAAAGGUAGCCAAGUUGGAAACAAUAUCGUGUUCCGAAGUAAAAGUACAACAUUUCGUUGAUCUGUUGAGAAGGUUGUAUAUAGCACCAAUAUUGAAAGCGGAAGCUACAAGAAGACCCAUAGCAUUUAAUGCACCCAGUAUUGAAGAGCUACAAAGGGCAGGAAUCCAGUUUAAGGUGGGUUCCAACAACAACUUGUUUGACAUACGAUUUGAAGACGGGAUUUUGGAAAUUCCAAAACUGGAGGUGGUGGAUUCAACAGAGGUUAUACUAAGAAAUUUAGUUGCCUUUGAACAAUGUGUAGGAACAGAUGAUACAUACCUGAGUGAUUAUGUUUCCAUCAUGAGUAAGUUUCUGGACGCCCCAAAAGAUGUGGCAUUGCUUGUUGAGUAUGGAAUUGUUGAAAAUUGGUUAGGUGGCAAUAAUGAGUUGUCUACUAUGAUUAAGUACAUGGGAACAGGGGUUGAUGUUGGCCCAGAGAAAUUCUAUUAUGAUACUUUGUGUGAAGACUUGAACAAGUACUGCAGUUCAACAUGGAACAGAAGGAUGGCAAAUUUGAGACAGAAUUAUUUCAACACACCUUGGGCAACUAUUUCUUUCAUUGCAGCAGUUCUUCUCCUCAUACUCACAGCCAUUCAAACAAUCUGCUCGAUUAUCUCUCUUCUUUGAGCAUUAACAACAAUGUGCACACGUACUCCAUUUUUUAUUAGAGCACAUCUCAUUGUUUUUAGUGUGUAUGAGAAGGCCCAACUUUUGUUGGUGACAUACAGAGCGCGUGAAUGGGCAUUGUGGGUGGAAGUGUGCAUUUAGCCCUGGUGAUAUCAGGUAUUAUU